AUGGGAGUGGUUCAUACGUACUCGGUUGGCUGUAAUGGAUUUGGGCUAAGUUUGCUUGCCAUUGUGAAAACAUUGUUGCAAGAACAACAGUAUAAAAUGGAAAGAACAAACGAGAUACAUUCCUUUAACGAAUCGAAUGAAAAGAAUGAUGGUGGUGGUGAUGAUGUCGGUAAUACAAUAGAUUUUACUCCGGAAUCGAUCGAACUUAUUCGAAAUAGAUUACAAUAUUCCGGAAAAUCAAAUUAUAAAUUUACUUUUGAUACUACAAAAAAGAUCGAGGAGGCUGCUGUUUUGAUGCCUCUCUGUGUUGUCGAUGGUAAACCAAGCGUUUUGUUUACAAUAAGAAGUCUGAAUUUAAAAACUCAUACAGGUGAAGUAAGUUUUCCAGGAGGAAAAAAGGAAUCAACAGAUUCUUCAUUAGAAUCAACGGCAUUAAGAGAAACUUGUGAAGAAAUUGGUAUACCAACAUCUCAAAUAGAUGUUUUAGGGAAAGAUUCAACUUUGCCAAAUAAAGACAGAACAAUUAAAGUACAUCCUUUCAUUGGAAUUAUUAAGCACCCUAUUGACAUUAAGAAAGUUAACUUUAAUAAAGAUGAGGUUUACGGUGUUUUUAGCGUCACUUUGAAAGAUCUGCUGAAUAAAGACAAGAGGAGAUUGGAAAGGUUUAGAGAUUCAAAAAUCAAGUAUCCUGUAUUCGCAACACCAAAAGAGAUUGGACUUGAAAUUUGGGGAUUAACUGCGUUUAUAUUGGAAAGUGCGUAA